AUGGCUGGUGAGAAGAAGAAGCAACAGCCUUUCUGGCUUGGUGGAGCAGCUGCUUCCAUGGCAGCAACAUGCACACAUCCCUUGGAUCAAACGAAAUACCGCAUGCAGGUCAUGCACCAACCGAAAAACAUCCUCAGGACCCUAGUAUCAUUUGCUAGCCGCGAUGGUAUUCCUUCUCUCUGGACCGGUCUGACUGGAUCUUGGCUCAGACAAUGCUCUUAUUCGACUGCGCGUUUUGGACUCUACAACCACUUUGCCAAGGAGGUCAAGCAAAGGACAGCAACGACGAAAUUGACCGCCGGCUGGGAAGUCGUGUGUUCUGGUGUCGCUGGUGGUGCGGCAGGUCUUAUUGGUAACCCUACCGAAGUCGUACUCGUCAGAAUGUGUGCAGACGGUGCCAAAACUGCUGCAGAGAGAUACAACUAUGGCAACUCUAUCCGUGCGCUAUAUAGAAUUGCAAAGGAGGAGGGCAUGUCGACUUUUAGCAGAGGUCUGACACCUAACAUUGUCCGCAGUGUCAUCAUGAACAUCUCUCAGAUUGCUACAUACUCUACUGCAAAAGACUGGCUUGUCUCAAACCCUAGUCUCGGUCUCAAAGAUGGCAUCUUCCUCCACUUCCUCGCCUCAUUACUUGCCGGCACCGUCGCGACUACUGCCUGCGCACCCGCCGAUGUCCUCAAAAGUCGUGUUCAAAGUGCUGCAACAGUCAACGGCGUGAAGCCAAGUCUUAGCAAAAUCUUCGCCGAGUCAUAUAAGAAGGAAGGCAUCAGUUUCCUCAUGAGAGGAUGGACGCCUGCAUGGCUCAGACUUGCCCCCAACACAGUCUUGAUGUUUGUCUUUAUGGAGCAACUCCAGCGUCUUGUGGGUGUAAGUACAGCUCAGCCCAAGCCCGUUCAGGAGAAAAAGGCUUCCGAGGUCGUGAAGGCAUAG